CAUCACUCGGUCAUCGUGACCGAAGCGUGACUCUUCAACUCAGACUGACUGCACUGCUCAGCCCAUAUCUUCCCCUAGGAUCAUAAUGUUACGCUCGUUACUCAGGCUUUCUUCAUCAAUAGUCGUUCUGCAUGCACCCUCUUAGGCGAGUCGGCAACCCUCCAUUCACCUUUCCCGUUCAACCUACCAUGAGCCACCUAUACUCGGUGCUUUCACAUUGAAGGCGUUGUGAAAAUCACCUGACAUUACUUGUGAGUCUCUCUGCUGUCAUGACCAAGCGUUGAAAUCUGAUGUUCAGGACAUAUCAGUGCACUCGAAAGAGUUCUUUUUGAGAAGCUUUGACAUUGCACAAUUCCUUGUCCUGGCAAUCAGCAAGCAGCGGUAGUCAUGCCUGCAGUUAGAGCAACCCUGGAGUUUCUGGCAAAGUCUCCAUUAUACGAGACGGAAAAGCCUUAUCUCUAUCUGCCGGGCAAAGAUGAGGACAUCGAUCUAGACAACACUCGGCUCGACAAUAUGGAAUACGAAUCACACGCCAACAUCCUUAUUCGGGACAUGCGGGAAACCCCAGAUCUCUGCCUCGACCAGUGUGGGUUCGAAUACACAACUCACGACUUUUCGCAUCAGGCUCUAGAAAGUCGACAAAACAUUGUGGAAUACUGCUCGCAAAUCAACGACCUCCUCGCACACCGCUUCAAAGCAGAGAGAGUUGUGACUUAUGAACACCGCCUACGAAAGAAUGAAAUGCUUUCCCGGACUGAAUUUGAUGUUUAUGACCCCUUGCUAGUCGAGGGACCAGCAAAAGGUGCACACAACGAUGUCACAUUUAGUUCUGGACCGGCCAUCAUCAACCGGCAUUUGACGCAAGAAGACAAGUCCAAAUACCUUCAACCAGGCUAUCGUUUUCGGGUGUUCAAUACCUGGCGACCGUUGAAUGCGGUUCUCGAGGACCGCCCUUUGGCACUCUGCGACACCCGGACUGUCGCGCCUUCGGAUCUGGUUGCUGCGGACAGGAUCCUACCCGACCGCAUUGGGGAGGUUUAUUAUCUUCAGCACAGCCACGAGCAACAGUGGUAUUGGCUGGAAAAGCAACGCAGCAAUGAGCUUUUGGUUUUCCUUGAAUACGAUACACAAUCUGAGAAGACGGCCCGAUUCUGUCCUCAUGUCUCGUUCGACCUCCCCCAUGCCCCUGAUCAGGCAGAGAAACGACGGUCAAUCGAAACUCGAUCCAUUGUGAUUACCAAGUUGUGGUCGGCAUAGGGAAAACGUUGGGCACCAGUGGGGUAUGAUAAUAGGAACAUAUGCAAUUUGCAUCACGGGCUUAUAUGUGUCCUUCUAUUGCCGACGUAGACCCUUGUUAGCGAGGUGCUGGGCUUUGAGGCUGUCGGUGUGCCAGAGGGCCAUCGGGUCAGAGAAGGCAAAUCGCGGGGUCCAGCAACAAGAGGCUGAGAUGGAUUGGAGUAAUCUACUUAGUCUGUACCUGGAUUAUGUCUCGGGUGGGCGGCGGAGCUCCCACGGUCGCUGUUAUUGUCAUGUAGGCAAAGGAAUGGACCGGAAGGAAUUGAUGAGGGGUGUCGCAUGGAAGCCGAAAGAAAUUCGAUACCCCUUGGUAUGCAACACCAGGGUAGAACGCAGAUUCGCGGAGUAAGAUGUUGGGUGGUUCGAUCUCGGCGUUGGGUAUAACCGAUCUAGACCACGCCGAGUAAGUCAAAGAGUUCUGGGAAGACGAGUCCCAGUGGCUGGGGUCCUGCAAACCCUGCACCACCAACCAGUGGUUCCAGUGAAUUACUUACACAGCCUCUCAAAAUCCUUAUCAGACAUGUCCAAGUUUUCGCAGGACCGACAUAAUUCAGGAGUUG